GAACGUGAUUACUACAACUUAACAUUCAAAUUGUGAAAUAACGUCUUCUUCAGUUUAAGGACACUUUACCUGUAUCAGUUUUAAGACUUCAGAAUGCCGUUUCGUGGACGAAUAUUGGUAGAGCUAGCUAGUAAAUCUGUCAAUCCACCUAACUCAACACAAAUAUACGAGAAUUGUAAUAUUGCACAUGAUCCAGUUCCAACGGAAAAGCAAAUUAUUAACGAGGAGGUCUUACUGUCAACAGCAUCUAAUGUGGAAGACCCCAAUUCAAAUACUCCCAUAUUAUUGAAUGCUACAGAUCUAAGUGAACACAGUAAUAAUACUGUGGACAAUAAUGUUUCCGAUUUUUCUCCAGUGUCAGACGCCGAUAAAGAAUAUUUGCCAUAUUCGUCCAAAAAGAAACGCCGUUACAAAAAUUUGCUGGGACCACCCAAUACAAAAAAGCUACGCAGGGCCUCUUCUAGCUCCGACUCCUCUUCAAGCUCUGAUACUUCUUCUAGCACCACUUCGUCUUGCUCAUCUUGCUCGUCUUGCUCAUCUUCCAACUCAGGUUUGUCAACUAGUUCACUAUCAGGCACUCAUAAAAGCGAAUCAGUAAAACAUCCCGUUUAUGUUGCUAUGGAAAACAACAUUUCUGUCGAAAGCAUUAACAUGCGACAAAAUGCUCUUGAAAAUUAUAAUGAUAUUUUAGGUUUGGUACAACCCGACAAUCAAUUAGCGCUACCCUCAGUUACGCCGUCAGAUUCUGCUACAGGCAUUCAAAAUCUGUCCUCCAAACAAGCAGACGAUAGCGUUGUGCCAAAAAUAGUUAGAAGACCUGAACAAAGUAGGAAGGCAGUUGCUAAAACUUUGAGAAAUUCAGGACAGGAAUACCUGUCAGCUUCUCGUAACCGUAGGGUUAUACCUGCAAGAAAAAUGGGAUCUCCAUGUACAACUCAAUGCCGUUUAAAAUGUGCUGAUCACAUUUCAGAAGAAAUUCGAAAACAAAUAUUUGAUAGCUAUUGGGCUAUGGGAUCGCUGACACGUCAGAGAGAAUUUAUUGCAAGGAGUAUGGUACCUGUUAUCCCAAAAUAUCAGUACAAAAUGGUUAACAGUAACAGGAAACUUAAACAAUCUUUUCAUUUGAAAGUAGAUACAUCUAAGACAGUGCGAGUAUGUAAAAUUUUUUUUAAGAAUACUCUUGGAAUAUCUGAUCGUCCAAUACGUACUGUAAUAUCAAAGAUGGACAACAAAGGAAUAAUUGAUACGGAACAGAGAGGAAAACAUGGAAAACAUGCAAAAUUAAAUGAUAGCUUAUUAUCCGCUGUACGAAAUCACAUAAAUGGAAUUCCACGAAUAGAAAGUCACUAUUUAAGACAACAAACCACCAGGGAAUUCAUUGAUGGAGGUAAAACAGUUUCAGACCUCUAUAGAGAUUAUAAGGAAGAUUGUAUUAGAAAAAAUCUUUCAUUUGUGGAUAUUCAAAUUUAUAGAAAAAUUUUUAAAACUGACUUCAAUAUUAGCUUCUUUGUCCCAAAAAAAGAUCAAUGUGAUCUUUGUGCAGCAUACAACAUCGCUCAAGCAGGUAAUAAGGAAGCUCUUCAAGAAAAAUAUAAUAUUCAUAUUUCUGAAAAAGAGAAAAGUCGAGAAGAAAAGAAUAACGAUAAACUAUUGGUAUGCGACAAUGUAAUAGUAGCAUGUUACGACCUACAAGCUGUUUUGCCCUGUCCAAGAGGUGAUAUCUCAGUCUUUUACUACAAAAGUAAAAUGAAUUGUUUUAAUUUCACUAUAUCGGCAAUAGGAAGAGACCACACUGAGUGUUUUUUCUGGAACGAAGUAGAGGACCAACGUGGAGCAAAUGAAAUAGCAAGUUGUGUUCUUAAAUAUAUUAGAAAGAUGUCAGAAAUGACUGUAUCUACUAACCUUAAUAUUAUUUUCUACUCAGAUAACUGCAGUGGUCAACAAAAGAACCAAUUUAUGAUUUCUUUGUACGUUUAUUGCUUGCUAACUUUAAAAAACUUGACUUCAAUUACACAUAAGUUUCUAAUAAAAGGUCAUAGACAAAAUGAAGGUGACGCUGCCCACUCUACAAUCGAAAGAGAAGUAAAGAAAACUUUAAGGUCCGGUCCUAUUUAUGUGCCUUCGCAAUACAUUACCGCAAUACGAAAAGCAAAGAAAAAAGGCAAUCCUUAUACAGUAAAUGAAUUAUGUUAUAAAGAUUUUUACGAUAUCAAGCAACUUGCAAAUCUAGUUAACUUACAACGAAACAAAAAAGGUGAAACCGUAAAACUGACUGAUAUUAAAAUAAUAAGAAUUGAAAGAGAUGAAGAUAAUAUUAAAGUAACUUACAAAAAUUCGUACCUCGAAGACUAUAAAGAGAUUGAUAUAGAUGGUUCUAACAGGUGUAAAACACGGAAAAUCGACCAAUGAUUCAGCAGUUCCCAUUAAAGCAAUUAUAUUCCACACGACUUUCUUUGAGCGAAUUAAAGAAAAAACACAUACAAAGCAUGAUAGACCAAAAUAUAAUACCUGAAUAUUAUAGUGUAUCGUAUUAUAAUAAUAUUUUAUAAUUUUUUCUAUUUUUUUUCUAACUUUUUAUGUUAAUUUCAUUCCGAUAUAUUUUCAAAUUGUGUAGCCAACGGUAUACAUUAAGCUUUUUUAUAUUUUUAAGAAUGUUGUAACUUGUUAUUUUCAAUAAAAAAUUAUGUAACUAUAAAAAUAUUUCACUGCUUAUACUAUAUUAAAUGAUUUUAUUAAUUUUUUUACUAGUAUCAGACUCGGAAACAGAAAAACUACCUAAUUAAGUGUAUAGGGUAAUAAAUAAGGUUUUUUUUGAAAUAUAUUUCAGUCACGAACUUUAUUUCUAAAAGAGCAUAUUUCGCAACAAAGUUUGUCAAAAACUUUAAACGCCGAUUCUGCAAAAUUGACUAUUUUGGAUAGUGUCACUUUUCUUUAGCAUGUGCGAUAUAUACUGUUGUUUAAUUGUUUAAACGAACGCUGUGAAGUUCAAAUAUAUUUAUAAAGUGAAAAUGGUAUAUUAUUAUACAUCCCGCACUUAGGGCACAAUAGCUCAGC